CCGGCCCCGUCCGCGCUCCCUCGUGGUGGGUCGCAGGCAUGGCGCACUACAACUUCAAGAAGAUCACGGUGGUGCCGUCGGCCAAGGACUUCAUUGACCUGACGUUAUCGAAGACUCAGCGGAAGACUCCCACGGUGAUCCAUAAACAUUACCAGAUUCAUCGCAUCAGACAUUUCUACAUGAGGAAGGUCAAAUUUACUCAGCAGAAUUACCAUGACAGACUCUCCCAGAUUCUAACAGAUUUCCCCAAGUUGGAUGACAUCCAUCCAUUUUAUGCUGAUCUGAUGAACAUUCUCUAUGACAAGGAUCAUUACAAGUUGGCUCUAGGACAAAUAAAUAUUGCCAAAAAUUUAGUGGACAAUGUGGCUAAAGAUUACGUGCGGCUCAUGAAGUACGGAGACUCUCUGUACCGCUGCAAGCAGCUGAAGCGCGAGGCCCUGGGGCGCAUGUGCACCAUCAUCCGGAGGCAGAAGCAGAGUCUGGAGUAUCUGGAGCAAAUGCGCCAGCAUCUGUCCCGUCUGCCGACUAUUGACCCAAAUACGAGGACGCUGCUCCUGUGCGGGUACCCGAAUGUCGGCAAGUCCAGCUUCAUCAAUAAGGUGGUAGAUACGCCGGGGAUCCUGGACCACCCUUUGGAGGACCGGAACACCAUUGAGAAGCAGGCCAUCACGGCGCUGGCUCACCUGCGCGCUGCCGUGCUGUACGUGAUGGACCUGUCUGAGCAGUGUGGGCACGGGCUGAAGGAGCAGCUGGAGCUCUUCCAGAACAUUCGGCCGCUGUUUGUCAACAAGCCUCUGAUAGUCGUGGCGAACAAAUGUGACGUGAAGCGGAUCGCCGAGCUUUCUGAAGACGAUCAGAAAAUAUUUGCAGAUUUGCAGGCUGCAGGAUUUCCCGUGGUUGAGACAAGCACCCUGACGGAGGAGGGGGUCAUGCAAGUGAAAACGGAGGCUUGUGACAGGCUCCUGACUCAUCGAGUUGAAACCAAAAUGAAAGGAAAUAAGGUGAACGAGGUGCUGAACAGGCUGCAUCUGGCCAUGCCCAGCAAGAGAGACGACAAGGAGAGGCCCCCUUUCAUCCCCGAGGGAGUGGUGGCACGCAGGAAGAGAAUGGACAUCGGGGAGCCCAGGAGGAAGCGGGAGCAAGACCUCGAAGUGGAGCUGGGAGACGAUUACGUUUUGGACCUUCAGAAAUACUGGGAUCUGAUGAAUUCCUCCGAGAAAUACGACAAGAUACCAGAGAUCUGGGAAGGCCACAACGUAGCAGAUUAUAUUGAUCCUGACAUCAUGCAGAAAUUAGAAGAAUUAGAAAAAGAAGAAGAACUCAGGACAGCAGCAGGCGAGUACGACAGCGAGUCUGACAGCGAGGAUGAGGAGAUGGGGGACAUCCGCCGGCUGGCGAAGCAAAUUCGGGAGAAAAAGAAGCUGAAAAUUCUGCAGUCCAAGGAGAAGAACACACAGGGCCCGAGGAUGCCACGGACCGCUAAGAAGGUUCAGCGGAAAGUCUUGGAGGAUGAGAUGCGCAGUCUUGGUGUGGACAUGGCUGACAAAGACAACGCCCAUUGUGCGGUCCAGGCCAGGAGGUCCCGGAGCGUUACCAGGAAGAGGAAGCGGGAGGACUCUGGCCCACCCCCGUCCGUAGCCCGCAGCCGCAGCUGCUCUCGGCCUCCACGGGAUGUCUCUGGCCUUCGGGACGUCAAGAUGGUGAAAAAAGCCAAGACUAUGAUGAAGAGUGCGCAGAAGAAGACGAACCGCCUGGGGAAGAAGGGGGAAGCCGACCGACACGUGUUCGAUAUGAAACCCAAGCACUUGGUCUCCGGAAAGCGGAAAGCCGGGAAGAAGGACAGGCGGUAGCGGCCUCCGCCGCGGCGGCAUUCUGGCAGGGCGGGGGGCCCGGCCUCUUCUGGUGGGGGUCCCGGCCUGUAGACUGCAGAGAGGGAGGACAUCCGGAGCUCUGCCUGCUUCGCUGUCCGCAGGGUGCGCGGCCGCCGGACGUUGGUGCUGCCCCAGCACCGGUCUUCUGAGGGCGCGGUGGGUUCUGUGUUUAGGGAGUUUUGAUCGCUUCAGGUCUGCAGAACUGGAAAGAUUGACUGACGUGAAUGUGUGUUUUGAAGGAGAAAAAUCUUACUCCUUUCUGCAAGAGGGAACUUUGGUUCAUGUGCAUCUGGUCUUUUUUGAGGAGAGAACACCUCUGCUUGGGGACACCGGCCGCCAGCCGGCCUACUGAGAGCCAGCGCCUGUGCUAGAUGAUUUUCUAGUCCUUUCUCCGCGAUGUGUGUACCCUGUAACCUGUCUGCAGCUAGCUCAUCCAGAAUAAACCGCUGAAAGAAAAAAAAAAAAAAAAAAAAA